AAAAUCACUUUCUAUAACGCUGCCAUUUGUCCUUACGCUCAACGUGCCGCUAUUACUUUAAGAGAAGUUGGCGCUGAUUAUGAAACAGUCGAGAUUGACUUGUCAAAUAAGCCUGAUUGGUACAAGAACAUCAAUCCCGAGUUAAAAGUACCUGCAUUUACAGUGGGUGACAAGCACAUUGCUGAAUCUUUGGUACUUGUCGAAUAUCUUAACGAUCGUUUUCCUGAGAAAAACCUUUUACCUAAAGAUCCAUUGAAGCGCGCAUAUGUUCGUUACUUUAUUGAAUAUUAUUCUUCUAAAGUACAAAGCGAAUUUUUCAAAUACGUUUUCAAUAUCAAAGCAGAAAAUGCCUUUGCUGAUUACGAAAAGAACAUCAACGAACUCUUGGUUCAACAAUCUCCUACAGGCCCCUACUUCCUUGGUAAUGAAUAUUCUAUAGCUGAUAUCGCAGUUGCACCCCUCCUUGCUCGUAUUCUCGGAUUCCACAGGCUAUUCUUGAAUGGAUAUGAAUGGGAGGCAGUCAAGAAGUAUCCUAGAUUAGCUGAAUUCAUUAAGGGUAUUACUGAAAGACCUUCCUUCAAGGAAACAUACAUUGGUGAUGAAAAAUACGUUGACACUUUUACAGCCAAGUUCAAUAUUACCAAACCUUAA